AUGGCGUGGUACGAUCAGGACAGCUGGCUCACGGCAGCCUUCUCCCCAAAUCUGUCGACUAUCCUCAUCACCUUCCUCGUCGCGCUCUGCCUGCCCAUACUACUGCAUACCGUCCUCUACAAGAAGGCAGCUGCAGCCGCGCAACUUCCCACUUUCCUAUUAGCCGGCCCAAGCGGCAGUGGAAAGACGGCCUUUACGACAUUGGCCGAGCGUAACGCUACAACCCAAACGCACACGUCCACCACACCUCUUACCGUCUCCGCUCUCCUCCCCAGCCCACACGUCCCCGCGUCAUCGCACUACCGCUCACCAGGCGAUCCAGCCUUUGAGCGCUCCCGCAACUUCCUCCUCCUCGACACGCCUGGCCACGGCAAGCUCCGUCACUAUGCCACCUCUCAACUUGCCGACCCCAAGAACAUCCGCGGUAUAAUAUUCGUCGUCGACGCCGCUCAAUUAGGCGAUGAAGCCGGAGUAAACGAGGCCGGAGAGUACCUUCACGACAUCCUUCUCUCGCUACAGAAACGCUACACCAACGCUACCACAAGCAAAGGGCCAAAGGAGAUCCCUGUCCUUGUUGCAGCAAACAAGAUGGAUCUGUUCACGGCGUUGCCCGCGAAUCUUGUCAAGAACUCGCUCGAGAAGACAAUCACUGAGGUCAGGAGUAACAGGGCGAAGGCGCUUCGCGAUGCAGGUGCAGCGUUGAAUGGUGGCGAAGAUGAGGUAGAUGAGGAGAAGGAGUGGCUGGGUGAGGGCGGCGAGGGCGUCUUUACGUUUGAGCAAAUGAGAGAGAGCGGAACGAGUGUGACUGUGAUUGGGGGUAAUGUUCAGGCGGGUAAGGAGGGCGCUAAUGUGGAGCAAUGGUGGCAGUGGAUUGCUGAGCAGCUUUGA